AUGUCAGGCAUGGAAGGCCAGGGCGACAACUACGCGACUACGAGCGACAUCGCGAGCCUCCGCACCGACAUGGAGCAGACGCAGGCGACGCUUCGUCGACUCGAGGCUUUUCUGACAAGCCACCCAGGGUUCGCCACGGCAGCAGCAGCGACCGCAACGACUGCAGCACCGACAACUCCAGCAGCAGUGGCGACACCGACAUUUCACGGACCGAUGGCACCACUGUCGCCGAACCUCGAAGCAGCACGACCGAGGCUCCCGGAGGCGUUCGAUCCAAGCGCGAAGGGAUCCGACGUCCGGCGAUUCGUGGCCACCCUCGAAAUUUACUUCGAGGCCAUUGGCUGUUCGACCCCGACACACGACGCAACACGAAUCCGGCUCGCAGCGACACUGUUACGCGGACCAGCACUCGAGUGGAUCUACAACACUGACGUGGCCCGCGGGGAGAAAUCGUGGACGCUGUUUUGGGCAGAAUUAAUCGAGCGUUUCGAACCGAUUAACACCACCUAUAUGGCGCGGCAACAAAUUUAUCGGCACAAACAGUACAAUAGUGUAGCACAGUACACGCAGCAGAUGGAGCUCCUGUUCAACCGCAUCCCCGACCUGACCGAAGGCGAAAAAAUCCAGGCGUACACGGAAGGGUUAAAAUUAGAGAUUUGGCGGCAGGUGAUCGCGGCGAACUACGAUAGCUACAGGGACAUCGUGCGUGCAGCAGAGAGAUACGACGCGCUGACUCGAGGUCAACCCGAAACACGACGUUUCGGGCCGAACCGUACAUUCGGCACGGAGCGAUCGGCACCCCCCACGUUCGCCGAACCGAUGGAUAUCGACAAGUUUGACGCGAAGCAGCAGGCGGCAAAAUGCGAAUUUUGCGGCGCAGCAGGGCAUCAAAUCUUGUCGUGCUACAAAAUGAAGAAAGCACGUGCGGCACUCCGGGACGCCUUUGAAAAAUUCAGGGGAGAUUUAGAGGCCAAGAAAAAGCCUUUGGACAAUAUUCAGGUACCUGCAAAGAUGGGCAAAGUAUUACGGAGCGUAGAAAAGGGUCGUGCGUUCCGUGGUGUUAAUAUUCUCUCCCCGCAGCAUAGUGUUAAGGCUCCCCGUUGCCCACAGGUGAAGCCUACACAGCUGCAAAGGCUUAGAGGAGACAUCCAGGCUCAGGAGAAAUUAUACAAGCCUCAGAAAAAUCCUCCCACCUGCCAGGUGAAGUUGGAAAGUGAUGAGUCAGGUAUAGGAACUAGGGAAGGGAUUCAUUUUGAUGUACCCUAUGAUCCUAUUAAUGAGACCCUCUUUGGCUACUCAGCGCAGCAGAAACCACUACUCCUCGAGGUGUUAUGCAAUGGGCGACGCCUCGAGGCGCUGAUGGACAGCGGUGCAUCUCACUCAGUGUGCGACCGCGAGACAUUGGAGAAAAUUGGAGAGAAGGCGGAGGAGACCCAGUUUUCAGCAACCAUGGUGGACGGCACGAAGCUUCCCAUCCACGGCGAAGCAUCCUUGCAGCUGCAUAUAGGUGCGUUGAGAUGGAAGCCGAAGCUACCUGUCACCAACAUCAAAGGGCUAGAUUUCAUCUUGGGGCGGGAUUUCCUGAAGCGGUUCAACCCCGAGAUCAAUUGGUUCAACAACAAGGUGUGCAUCUACAACAACGGGAAGCGGAUAGCACUACGAAGCUGGACGGAUACAGGGGACAUUCCUGAAACGACACUGGCACGGUUCGAACAGACGGUGAACGAGAGUAACACGGGUUACUUAGCACUGGUCAUGGCUGCAGCAGAAGAGGUGAAAAAGGGUUCCGAGCUACCCGCAGCAGUGAAGGAGGUCUUGGAGCAGUACAAAGACAUCAUGCCCGACGACCUACCUGCAGGCGUACCUCCUGCACGCACCCACGAGCACGAGAUCGUGGAAGAACCAGGUGCGAAACCCGUCUCACGUGCACCUUACAGACUGAGUCCGACCGAACUGACAGACAUGAAGAAACAGAUCGAGUAUCUACUGGACAGACAACUGAUCCAACCAUCUACCUCUAACUACGGCCCACCAGUCCUCUUCACACCCAAACCAGACAGCAGUUUACUGAUGUGCAUCGACUACCGCGCACUGAACAAACAGACAGUAAAAAACAAAUACCCCAUACCGCGCAUCGACGACUUACUGGACCAACUACGUGGUGCAACAGUCUUCUCGAAGCUGGACCUACGGUCGGGUUACUGGCAGAUCAAGAUGGCGGACAACUCGAUCCACAAGACGGCGUUCCGUACGAGAUACGGCUCCUACGAAUACUUGGUGAUGCCGUUCGGACUCUGCAACGCACCAGCGACGUUCCAGGCAGAGAUGAACCAUAUCCUACGGCCCCUGCUGGACGAGUGCGUAGUGGUGUACCUGGACGACAUUCUCAUCUACUCCAAGAACAUGAAGAAGCACGUGGAGCAUCUGCGGAAAGUGUUCGAGAUCCUGCGGAAGAAUAAGUUCUACGUGAAGCUGUCAAAGAGCGACUUCGCACUGGAGAAAGUGCAGUUUCUCGGGCACAUGGUGAGUGCCAAGGGCGUACACGUGGACCCGCGGAAAAUCGAAGCUGUUAAAAAGUGGAAGGUUCCGGAGAACGUGAAGGAGUUGCAGCAAUUCCUAGGCUUCGCCAACUACUACAACAGGUUCAUGCCACAGUACGCUAAAAUAGCCGCGCCACUGACCGACCUACUGAAAAAGGAUACGCCCUUCAAAUGGGAUACUCCUCAUCAGCAAGCCAUGGAACAGCUACAGACAGCACUGACCACAGCGCCAGUACUCAUCCUACCGGACCCCGAGAAGGACUACGUAGUUGAAGCAGACGCUAGUGACCAGGCAGUCGGAGCAGUACUGAUGCAGGAUCACAGGAACGGGUUACAGCCUAUCGCCUACCUCAGUAAGAAGUUACACGGAGCAGAACUGAACUACCCCAUUCACGACAAGGAAGCCUUAGCUAUAGUCGUAGCCUUCAAGGCGUGGAGGUGUUACCUAGAGGGAGCCAAGACCACAGUAUACACUGACCACUGCAGUCUUAAGUACCUGAAGUCGCAGCCAACGCUCUCACGACGACAGGUGCGGUGGGUGGAUUUCUUGGAGACCCACUUCCACUACGACAUCGUCUACAAACCCGGGCUCCACAACAAGGCUGACGCGUUGAGCCGCCCAGGUCAUGUAGCAGGCAUCUUGCUCGACGGGGUGAACCCUCUGCUCAAGGGUCUAUUCCAACAUGGGUACUCCGUGGACGGCGAGAUAGCAACGGCAGAGAAACAGAAGCUGUUACAGUGGGAGAAAGACUUAGCGGUAAGGAAGGGUUCAGGAAAGAUUUGGGUACCGAAUUACGCCCCGCUACGGCAGAUCCUAUUGGAGGAGUUUCAUGACGUACCAUACGCGGGACAUUUCGGGAGCAACAAGACGUUAGCGGGAAUAGCGAAGUAUUACUACUGGCCUCGGAUGGCAGCAGACGUGCAGCAGUUCGUCACCUCCUGCGACACGUGCCAGCGGAUGAAGAGUAGUAAGCAGAAGAAAGCAGGGUUACUUCAGCCUCUACCCAUACCGGAGCAGCCAUGGCAGGUCGUUAGCCUCGACUUCAUCACGGGACUUCCCUCGACCUCACGGGGACACGAUUCCAUCCUCGUAGUCAUCGACAAGUUCUCCAAAAUGGGUCACUUUAUACCGACCAACGCCACAGCUACAGCUGAAGCAACUGCUCGACUCUUCUUCGACCGCAUCAUCACCAUCCACGGCAUCCCCGCUACACUCAUCUCAGACAGAGACCCAAAAUUCACGAGUAAGUUCUGGAAGGAGCUUAUGGGACUGUUGGGGACUAAGCUUGCGAUGUCUUCAGCAUACCAUCCCCAGACUGACGGACAGACAGAGCGACAGUUACUGCGCACAGCUUGCAAAGACGACAUCAGCCACUGGGACACACAGACACCGACCUUAGAGUUCGCCUACAACAACGCCUCGCAUGCGGCCACAGGAAAAACUCCUUUCUUCCUGUGUUACGGACGGGAACCACUCACACCACAGCAGCCAACCACACCGGCAUACGUCCAAGCCGCACACGACUUCGUCACCACCAUGCAGCAGCUAUGGGAGAAGACUCAGCGGCGUCUCACCACGAUGCAGAACUCCCAGAAGCAGUAUGCCGAUCGCCAACGACGAGAUCACUCAGUAGCAGUCGGAAAUCAGGUGCUUCUUGACACGCGCAACUUGAACCUGUCUCACCUCCCAUCCAAACUCCGGCCUCGCUUCUGUGGUCCAUUUCUCGUGGAGGCACAGGUGACACCAGUUACAUUCCGCUUGCGCUUACUAGAUACGUGGAAGCUUCACAACGCUUUCCAUGUUCAGCUACUGAAGCCCUACAAGGACCCCAACCAACAGUUCCAGGGACGGCAGCUACCGCCACCACCACCUGUUCUUGUGCAGGAUGAACCCGAGUACGAGAUUGAGCGCAUCCUCUCUCAUCGGCGCCGCGGCGGCAAGACCCUCGAGUUCCUGAUACGCUGGAAGGGAUAUGACCCCACUGAGGACAGUUGGGUCCAUCACUAG